UGAUGUCGAUGUCUAUGCAGUUCCCCAGUGUGCCUGCGAGUGUCAAGCUGAGCAAACUGUGCUGCUGCUGCUGCUGCGUUCGUCCUAGUUGCUGCUGAUGAUGAUGAUGUAAACCAAGUGUUAACUUAGUGGACGUGCCUGUUCGUUGUUGUAUCCUGUUUGAAAAUGUUUAGAACAUGUCAUCGGUGGUGUGUCUACUUUUUGUUUCAUGCUCUUUGUUUUGUUUAAUUUUAUUUUCUGUUUCGCCAUGUUCGUUUAGUUAUCAUGGCGAACGUUACCUGGACAACCAGGCGCGUCGCCUGUCCUAAUGUGUGCUCACCUGAGGCGCGCGCGCUCUGGUUGGGGGUGUAUGUAGCCUAAAAGUCGGUCAACAAUUCGUGUUCGUGUCUAAAAUUAAACCACACUGCAUAAAUUUUCAUAUAAAAUCGAUUGGAAACUCUAUUGGCUUCAAGUUGAAAAGCACUUGAGCUGGACACUAACACGCUAGGCACACUAUUUUCGCCACCAGUGUAGCGUUUCAGGCUAAUUUUGUUUGCCUACCUGUGCCGCUUGAGCAGGUAGCACCAAAGACAAUGGUAAAUUCCAAAUGCAUUAGGAUUUAAAUUCCUGGAAAAUUUGGUGACUAAUUGCGAAAAAGGACAAGCCAGGAUAAUGCACUGCAAGCCUAUAAAGAGACUUUGUUGCGGCAGCAGCAGCAACAGUUGAAUCUGCAAUUGCAACAGAGUAAGUGCCACAAGAAAAAAAUGUUUACGAAAAGUCAGUGCAACAAGUUGCUGCGGCUUAUGCUGCCGCUGCUCGUAUUAUGCCACAAAGCUUACACGCUGCCCGCUUUGGAAUCAGCGCCUGUGGCAACAGCAAUCAAUACCAUAGAGGAGACGGACAAGCUGCCGGAUACGAUUGUGGAGCCAAAUCCAGAUGCAGUGCUAGUUAAUGCCAAUGUUAAUGCCAGCGCGAGUCAAACAGAUGCAACACAGGAGCCUGCCACACCUGAUAAUGUAGCUAGCGCCAGCAACAUUCAACCCAUUACCUACGCCAGUGGCCUGAUUACACCCGAAGCCUUUCAGCAGUAUCUGAAUCAAUUUGGCGGCGCCGGCUUAGCACCGCUAGCAGCUUAUCCUGCUCCCAUGACUGCUGCACCUGGCAUGUAUCCCUAUCCUGGUCCCAUUGUAGUGCAAACGGGCUACGAAGGCUUCUUAGUGCCAGUAAAUGCGCCUCACGCCGACAGCGCUGCUGAUAGCAACACAGUGGUGGCCGCCGCACCUAAAGUGCACGCCAAUGUGAAUCCUUUGCUUGCCUUUGCCACCAAACUGCUGCCCAGCAUACUCAUGUCCACGCUAUUUCGUGUGGUUGCUGUGGUGCUGUCUGCUGUGGGCGUUAUACUGUUUGGUAGUGCCAUUACCAGCACACUUUGCCGACUAACGCCCAUCUGUGAAAUACCCAGCAAAGCUGUUGACUAUUUGCGCUCUGGCGGGGCACAGGAUGUGGGUCGCAUGCUUGCCGAAGAGAUGACGCCAGAGCGUGUCAGACGCACCGCCGAAUUUGUGCGCAAUGCCAUACGCAAGUAUCAAGAGCUGCAGAAAAUUGUUGAAUGA